GCCCGCUGGGGCUCGAAGUUCCGGGAGGGUUGGGCCAGAGGAGGCGGUCCUGGUGGGGAGUGCGUAGCAGGGUGGGGUCGCUGUCUGGUCGCGCUUCACUUCUGCCUUGGCCUCCCUGCUCCCCAUAACAGACCCCUCCCUCCACUAAGGCUUCCAAACGUCGCCCCAAGCCUCCCAAUUUCUCGCAGCCCUUCAUGCUGUUCUCUUGGCCCUAGCAGGAGUGGUCACCAGCAGUCCCUGUCCCUUGGCACCAGGAGUCCCUGUAGCCUGGCUAGGUAAGGAAAGGGAGUUGCAUCUCCAAAUAAGGAAGAUCCAGUUGUGGCCACCCAAUUCCUCCUCUUCGAAAGACACUUUCUGCCCAUCACCUGCUUUCUGUGCCAGGACCAUCUUUACUUUCUCCACAAAAGGUUUCCUUUCCCUGCUCAGAAGCUGUGCCAGAGGGGACAUUCCCUGGGAGGCUGAGGGUCACCACGAUACCAUGACAGAGUCUGGCAAGCCCAUCCUCUAUUCCUAUUUCCGAAGCUCCUGCUCAUGGAGAGUUCGAAUUGCUCUGGCCUUGAAAGGCAUCGACUACGAGACGGUGCCCAUCAAUCUCAUAAAGGAUGGGGGCCAACAGUUCUCUAAGGACUUCCAGGCACUGAAUCCUAUGAAGCAGGUGCCAGCCCUGAAGAUUGAUGGAAUCACCAUUCACCAGUCACUGGCCAUCAUUGAGUAUCUAGAGGAGACGCGUCCCACUCCGCGACUUCUGCCUCAGGACCCAAAGAAGAGGGCCAGCGUGCGUAUGAUUUCUGACCUCAUCGCUGGUGGCAUCCAGCCCCUGCAGAACCUGUCUGUCCUGAAGCAAGUGCGAGAGGAGAUGCAGCUGACCUGGGCCCAGAACGCCAUCACUUCUGGCUUUAACGCCCUGGAGCAGAUCCUACAGAGCACAGCGGGCAUAUACUGUGUAGGAGACGAGGUGACCAUGGCUGAUCUGUGCUUGGUGCCUCAGGUGGCAAAUGCUGAAAGAUUCAAGGUGGAUCUCACCCCCUACCCUACCAUCAGCUCCAUCAACAAGAGGCUGCUGGUCUUGGAGGCCUUCCAGGUGUCUCACCCCUGCCGGCAGCCAGAUACACCCACUGAGCUGAGGGCCUAGCUCCCAAAUCCUGCCCCGUUGGCACAGGGCCACAGGAGCAGAAGCUGGGUGGGCUGAAGAGGCCUGGAAAUGAGAGUCUUAAUUGAGGAGAUGGGAGACUCGAACUCUAGCCCUGGAUCUGCCUUCCUGCUGAAACUUGUUCCACCUCAGUCCCCUCAUCUGUCACACGCAUGUGGGGUGGAGUAGGGAGAUGCGGGGAGCAGGGUGGGCAGGAAUAUUGUUAUCUAUGUGACGGGGCAGUCGUGAGGCUGAGAUGAGAAUGUGGAUUAAAAUGCCUGGCGUGCUCACCGUAA